CUAGAAUGCGGUAGAUGUUUAUUUGAAAACACAAACUUGUUUAGUUCCGUUACUGUUUUGUGUGUUCGCUGAAACUCGUAGUCGAGCACGUUGCCUUAACUUCAAAGAGCAUUAACGAUUCAACAUUCGUCAGACAUGAGCGAAAUCGAGCCAGAUCAGUUUGAAAAUGAAGUUCAUAUGUUCAAGGAGCAACUCUUCAAUUUGGACAGCGAGAUCGUUGAUGCUGUCGUCUGUGGUAAUAAUAAAAAAUUGAAUAACAUUAUUGAUUCCAUCAAAAUGGAAUUUCACUAUAGAUACAUGGAUCUUGUAACAACAACCUACACAGAAUUAAUGAAAAAAGUUCAGGUGAUUUCUGAAAGGUACAAGAUGAGCAAACGAAAUGGAAAAGCAUUGAGACCAAACACUGGGCAACUAGAUGUAAAACCCUAUAAGGAAAUCAAUUUGAAGCACAAAAAGUCUAUGUUAGAGUCAUUGAUUGCAAAACAGGAAGAAGAAAUUGAACUCUUGAAGAAGGAAAUAACAAUACAAAGGAAUGGAAUGGAUCAACUUGCAAAAGCUAUGCACAAUCAAAGUUAUUUGAAUAAUCAUCAGUCUCUGAUUUGAUUUUUUUCUGGUUUUGUAAGAUUUCUUCUAAUUUCUCUGAAAGAACUUUCUUUUUGCAUAAAAGUUCCUGUAUUUUUGUAUUAUUACUUAAAGUAGCAGUUGGUAAAUCUUUAGUUGCUUCAAAUUGGAAUGUUCUACUUUCAUGUAAUGCCUCUUUCAAUAUGGCAAAGUUGUUCAUUUUCAUUUUUAGCUCUUCAAUCUUCCAAACCAACAUUUCUUUUUCUUUCACAUUGU